AUGGCUCAAAUGCAGGGUGCCCUGUAUCCAAUUCCACCUGCUACCCAGUCAGUUUCGGCUUUCCUCCUUCAGCGAUUGUUUUUAGUUCUGGACUAUCUGCAUACAGAGUGUCAGAUAAUACAUACAGAUGAGUACCGUACAUUGAUCAUCUGCUACUUUACUUAUAAAACCUUACUAGAUAUCAAGGCGGACAACAUUAUGUUCGGUAUUGCAGACGACUCCGUCUUCAGCGACUUUGAAAAUGAAGAGCUUCAGAAGCAUUCAGAAGAUGUUCAACCUGGUAUUUAUCGAGCACCAGAGGUCAUUCUGGAGGCUCCUUGGACGUACAGCAUUGACGUGUGGAAUGUUGGAUGCAUGAUUUGGAAUGUAUCCGAAGGCGAGACCUUAUUUACUGGGCAGGAUCCAGAAUACCAGACUUAUCGAAGUCGAUAUCAUUUCUCCGAGAUGAUAAGUCUACUUGGCAAUCUCCUCCCUAGAAUUCCCCUAAAGUCUGCAGCCUCGUUGGAAGAGAGGGAAAGCACUCUGGGAGGAGAGGACAAAGCAAGUCUCCUACGGCUCCUCAGAAGGAUGUUGCAAUAG